AUGCCGGAGAAUAAUGAUGACGAUGUUGUUGAUGCCAUCGCCACGGACAAUGAGAACGUUCAGUGGGUAAAAUUAAAUCAUUGUAAACAACGAAGAGUUCAUUGGCGUUCCACACACAACUCGGCCGAUGACUAUACAUGCAUGGAACGACGCAGCAAUAUUAACGACACAACAAUCUAUGGUGUUGCAGCCAAACAACACAAUCCAACUCCAUCGAACACAAACACAUCGACACCACCUCUAUACACACCAUUGGCCACAACCGCAUCCAUCACACUGGCACCCACGCCCUUAUCCCUUUGUGCUGCUGUUGAAGAUAUGGCGGCGUCAGCGUCACCGUCCGCAUCUUCGUAUCCCCUAAUGAGAGCGGCAACAGCAGAUGCCACAUUUCCCCAUGCCAGCGCAGGUGGGGGUAGUCUUGGCAGCGGCGACAGCAACAGCAGCCUUAGCUGCUGUGCCAGCAACAACAGCAGUAAACAAAAUCUAAACAACAGUUCAUUAACACUGCCAGCAUCGCCGGUGCCUACGGCGGAUUAUAAUAACAGCACCAUUACGAACACCACCCCGUCAAUGGCAUGUUUUUCUCCAAAUUCAACAACGACAACAUCUUCAUCGUACAAUACAGCAAAUGCAAUGCCGGCAUUUAUGCCUACCUGUUCCAAUCCAAACAAACAAUGUGUUUUUAAUUUAACCAAUUCACCACCCAUUACACCCGAACCGUAUCCCUAUCGUAAAUCGCUAUCGUUCUCCACACCCAUAUCAACGACUACAACUCGUCCAAAAAUAACUCGCAAUUCUAGCCGACAUAGCUUGGGAAAUUAUGCCGUAACACCAGCAUCAAUGACAGCAUCAAAUACUGGACAUCAUCAUCCACGACGUAGUAGCCUCUGGCCUGAGGCGUUAAUGAUAAAUACCCGGAAUUUUGCAACAAAGGAUAAUGAAAGGCGUACAUCGAAUUUGACG